CGGAAAGUUAUAAUAAACUAACUAAAUAAAAAUCAAUAAUUUUUACCGAAAAUUGCACAUUUUUUCUUCUCGAUAAAAUUCAUCGACAUUUUUCUCUACAAGUGAAAAUGUAGCAUUUGGAAAAAAAUUUUGUUGGAAAAUAAUUGUUGCAUCGAUACAUGAGUUGACAAUUUUAUAAACAAAGGACAAAAAUGGGAAUAAUAAAUUACUGUUCAAGUGAAACGGAGGUUGAAAAUGAUAAUUGUAGUAAAAAUGGUGAACAAAAACAAUUCAAGAGUUAUUAUUGGACGCAAUUAAUUUCCGGACUGAGCAUCUACUUCCUCUGCAUCAAUCACGGUGUGAAUUCCGCCUGGACAUCACCAGCUCUUCCCUAUCUUUCAAAUAGAACCGACGACACUCCAAUAACCAACGAACAAGGAGCAUGGAUCGCAUCAAUUCCCUCAUUUGGUAUAAUGUUUGGCACACUAAUUUGUCCACCAAUUCUGGAUCAACUUGGUCGAAAGCAAACAACAUUCAUCUCAAUAAUUCCCGCACUCGCCUCAUGGCUAAUGAUAAUAUUCACCAAAAAUUACAUCGUCCUCUAUAUUGCACGAUUCAUCAAUGGCGUUGGCUCAGGCAUAACAUAUUCAGCGGCAACACUUUAUUUCGCCGAAAUAGCAACAAAAAAUAUCCGCGGAAUAAUGAUAACAACAAUUAAUGUCUGCAGUAAUUUUGGUACCCUUCUAAUAGUCACAAUUGGCGCAUUCCUCAAUUAUCAAACAAUGAAUAUUGCCAUGACAUUUCUACCACUUUUUGCAUUAAUAACAAUUCCAUUAAUGCUCGAGACACCAUAUUUUCUAUUGAUGAUGGAAAAAGAUAAGAGUGCAUUGACGAUAUUAUUGAAAUUACGUGGCGCUAAUGAUAAUUCAAAUGAGGAGGUGCAUUUGGAAUUGGAGAGAAUGAAAUUAUCAGUUGAUGAGAGUAGAACAAUUGUAAAAUCAUCGUUUAGGGAAUUAUUUGAUAUUGGUAAUCGAAGGGGUUUAGUGAUUUUAUUAUUUUCAACAGCAGCAAUGUAUCUAUCGGGAAUUGCUGUAUUUGAAGCAUAUGCUGAGGAAAUUUUUACCUACAGUCAUUUUCCAUUGAAAGCAAAAUAUUCAACGAUUGUAUUAGGUUGGGUGAGAAUUGUCGCUGGUUUAUUGUCAACAUUAUUCAUUGAUCGUGGACGUAAAUUGAUGUUUUUAAUUUCGGGCACAUUGUCAUCGUUUGCACUCACUUCGGUGGGAUUUUUUUAUUUUAUUGAUUCAAAAACUGAUUUUGAUACAACAUCAUUGACGUGGAUACCAUUAAUUGGACUUGUUUUGUAUUUAAUUUUUGCCAAUCUUGGAUUGGUGACGAUACCAUCGAUAUUUAUGGGUGAAUUAUUUACAAUUAAGGUGAAAGGUAAAGCUGUUGCUAUUGGUAUUAUUUUCUCGGCAUUCUUUAUGUUUAUAUCGAAAUUUUGGUUUCAAAAAUUAAAAACAGACUUUGGUAUUCAUGUGCCAUUUGGUAUUUUUGCGGUAUGUUGUCUUUUCUUUACGUUUAUUGUAUUUUGGAUAACGCCCGAGACGUCGGGUAAAAAUCUUGAGGAGGUGCAACAUAUUCUGAAGCAAGCGGCACAAAAGAAGAAGAAGAAGAAAAAAGUGAUUUUGGAAAAUUGGGAACUCGCCAGUACAUCCAAGUAGAAUUAGUUCUUUUAAAUUUUGACAAAAUUUUAAAACACUAUUGAUUCUGAAUAAAGGAAAAAAUUGGUUUCAAAUUAUACAGCACGUAUUUUGGACAGAACAAAGAAUUUUAUUAUAAUGUACAUAAAAUAAUAAUUUGUUGAAAUAAUUAAUUGGAAAAGAUUAAAAUUAAUAAUUGAAUUUGUGUUUACAUAAAAAUUUUAGUUUCGGCGUCAGACGACUGGAGGGGGUUUCUAAGAAGUUCGUUCCGUUCGGGCAGCUUCGGCUCUCUCCGCGUCUAAUCGUGUCACUGCCGGCUCUAUAAUAUUCCGUACCCGCGCCAGCAACAACAUUUUUUUCCUAAUUAAUUUCUCCCUCGUUAAGAUUACAAAUCGAUUUCGAAACAACUUUUCCUGCACUAUAAUUACAACAAUUAAAAAUAAUAAUAAAAUUCCCAAUUUAA